CUCCACCUAUUUCUUUGCACCCAAUCAGAACGAGACAAGUCAGCUUUCAUGGAGAACCAGUUGUGUGUUCUACUCCUCUCUCUCUGUUUACUCUCAGUCGUCCUCAGUAAGGGAAAGGAAGACAAGGAUGAAACUGACUAUUACAAGUUGCUCGGGGUGUCCAAGGAUGCCAGUGAGAAAGAGAUCAAGAGAGCUUUCAGGAAACUUGCUGUAAAGUAUCAUCCUGACAAGAAUCCAAAUAAAGAGGAGGCCCAGGAAAAAUUCACUAAAAUAGCAAAUGCAUACGAAGUUUUAUCAGAUCCUCAGAAAAGGAGAGAAUAUGACUUGUACGGGAAAGAUGGAGGCCCUGGAGGACCCACUUUCAACUACAAUGAUUUCUUUGGCGGAGGUGACAGCCACUUCACGUUCGAGAGCAUGUUUAAAGACAGUCCCUUCUUUGACGACGACCCUAUAUUCACUGAUUUUUUCGGCCAUCAACCACAUUCUGAACAUUUUGGAGGGGGACACCAUGGAGCUCAUGACAUGCAUGCUGAUUUCUUUGAUCAAGAUCCUUUUUUUGGAGACUCCAUGUUUCACGCUGACUUUGGCAACAUGGGGGGAGGAGGAGGUGGUGGUGGAGGAGGAGGAGGAGGUCGUUCUUGCAGGACAGUAACAAGGAGAGUCGGUAAUACAGUAUCAACUACAACUACAUGUUCUUAAUAUUAUAAUUUUUAUAGCUUAUUGUAUUAUCAUUAUUUACACUGUUGCAUUAUAAAAUAUAUAAACAUUUCAAUCGUCACAUGACUAACAUA